AGCUCUUGCGUUUUGGAGCGGAGAGGCAGCAAAGUACUAGGAAGAGAGCAUCCGACUUUGUUGCAUGUGAAUGCUUCUGUGAGAUCAAUUUGUAUUGGCUUUGGCAAAGUUCUGCUGGUGUUUUAACAAUGACUAGAAAGAUCUUCACCAACAGCAGGGAGCGAUGGAGGCAACAGAACGUCAACAGUGCCUUCGCUAAGCUGCGGAAGCUUAUCCCCACCCAUCCUCCAGACAAGAAACUCAGCAAGAACGAGACCCUCCGCUUAGCCAUGAGGUACAUCAACUUCCUCGUCAAGGUGCUGGGAGACCAAGGCCUGCAGCAGACAGGGGUGGCUCCUCGGGGACGGAUACUUGGGCUGUUCCAGCAGACUCCAAGUUUGGAAAGCAUGGAAGAACUGACGCUCAUUGAAGACUCUGAGGUCCCUUCUCCUAAUGCAGCCAGCAAUGUCCCUGAGUGCUGGUCAGAAGAAUCCUCACCAUGAAGAACCUCCAGUCAGGGGCACAGGCCGAGUGGUAACCUGAUAGUCCCCCUUUACAUAAAUUGUGGGUUGUUUUGCCUAUGUAUAGUAUUUAUAUGUUUGUUUGUUUGUUUUGCUCUUUUAUCAAGUGUAUUUUUGCGUGAGGUUUUCUGGGGACGAUGACUGGUUUUCAGUAAUUAAAACAGGGAUCUUCCAUCUCUGGAAAAAUAAUCAGGAUUUCACCCACUCGUUUUGGUAGAAAGUGCUUUGAUUUCAAGACCAAGGGGACCCUUUAGACAGGCCACAGAAAGCUGUGAGUGGAUUGCUCCUUCUUAUUUUGAUGGUGUGUUGAAGAAAGCUAUUGGGGCUAAUCGUUUGUUGGAUGAGCAAAAGUUUAAUUCCUAAUAAUAAUAAUAAUAAUAUCUUUCGAUUUAUUGAUCGCUCAAUCC